UUUAAAUUUUCAGUCUAACUAUCUACUAGCAAUUGAAUUCACAUACCAACAAUGAAUCACUUGUACAGUCUAUUUGCAAUUUUUAUUGUUUUCAAUGAAGUGUCUGGAAUAAAAAGACCCUCAUAUUUUCCAACGUGCUAUAGAAACGACCCUCAACUUAAUCAGUGUCUUUUAAAUGCCACUGAACAAGUACGACCCUAUUUAGCUAAAGGUGUGCCAGAACUGAAGAUACCCCCUUUCGAACCAUUUAUGUUGCCAGAGCUGAAACUAGAGCAAGGCACUAAUGCUCUAAAUUUCAAGGCCGUUUUGAACAAUGUACUUAUUCAUGGAAUGUCAAAGUACAAAUUUUCAAGAUUUGACUUUGACGUGCCAAAUCACCAAUUUUUCUGCCAAGCCUCUGUAGAAAAUAUAUCGUUAGAAGGACAAUAUAAAGUCACUGGAAGGAUUUUGAUAGCUCCUAUUGAAGGCAAUGGCAAAUUCACGGCUCAAAUUGACGCAGCAAACGUUGUCGUAUACCAAAAAUACAAAGAAGCUACCCUGAAAGAUGGUAAAAUUCAUCUUGUCCCUGUAGCAACCAAUACCAGCAUUGAGGUAGUUAAGCCUAGAGCUAAUUUGGAUGGUUUGUUUAAUGGAAAUGAAGCAAUGAAUCAAGCAACAAAUAAAGCAAUCAACGAUAAUGUGGAUGUACUUUUUGGAGAGCUUAAACCAGUGGUAGAGCAUGCCAUUAGCAGGAUUCUAGAAGAUUUACUGUUUAAGACCAUUAUAGAAACUAUUCCAUACGACGAACUAUAUCCGAUUGACCCAAAAUUCAACUAAGACUUAAUAGAAGCAACAUAAACAUACAUAAGGGGAUUUGGAAUUGUUUAUACUUAUUUGUGAAAAAUAAAUUGAUAUAGGUACCUAGAUUAUCCUGUGGCAGUAGGUAUCUUGAAACUAAAAGUGUACUAUACUCAAUUUAAAAUAUAAUUAAGCAAAAAAUAUAUACAAACAAGAUAGAAGCUAACAUAUAUUUCAUCUAGGAAAAAGUUCCUCUAUAGAAAACCUCUGGAAAACCCUGCCAAUAAACUCCAAAACUGUGUUUCCAAUAACUUGCUCUAAAGUAGGCCUCAAAUCUGUAAGUAACUCCACCAUGUUAGCAUUAAGGAUUUUGUUAGUUUGCUGAGUCAAUUCUGGAUUAUUUUUGAAUAAUUCAUAAAAUUGAAAAUUUGGCUUUCCAAAAUCGAUAUCCUCGAUUAUAGUUUCUGUCAGUUUGAGGUAUUGUUUAUCUUGUUGAUAGAAUCUUUGACCAUUCAUUGUAGCAAUUAC